AUGGUGAAAUCUAAAAUAAUGUGGUGCAUGAAAUUUAAACUGAUAGUCGUCUUCAUUAUUACCCUUUUGAUCAUUUUGAUCGUAGUAAACACCAAUACAGUGAGGCCCAGUUGCUCAAUAAAGAACUUUUAUGUUCCUGCUCUCAACAGAUUGGAUAAUUCCAAUGCCAGUACCAUCAACAACUUUAUCUUCUUCGACCUCGAACUCAAAAAUCGUUUGGAUCAAAUUAGUGUCCGCUAUGACACUAUAAAUCUCACAUUCUUUUAUGGUCCAAAGCCAAGCCUUCCAAUAGGCUACUAUACAGUUCGAGGGUUUUAUCAGGGUAAAAAAAAAGGUGCUCAGCGGAGAGAUGUGGUCGAGACUCACGGUGUUCCUUGGUUUGACGCAGUGAACGCGGUUUCUAAUGGAUCCACAGUAGUUUUCAGGUUGGAGUUGGCUACAAAGGUUAAGUUUAAAGAGUGGUUUUUCAUGUCCAAGAAGAGAAAUCUGGCAGUCUCGGCUACUGUGGAAAUCAACAACUCUGGUAAAAAGGUCCAAAAGAAGGCUAUUAAACUCACCUCAGGCAUUCAGGCUCCCGCUCAGACUCAGGCUCAGGCUCAGGCUCAGGCUCAGGCUCAUCCAGGAAAAGCGGCUAUUUAAACACGAUGAGGCUUUCGAUGUUUCUUCAAUCUCUUUCUCACUUGUUUGUUGUUAAAGCAAUGCUUCUGAUCCUCUAUAUUUAGUGAUAAUAAAACUUAGUUUGUUCUUCUGGUA